CGAUCAGCUGCGAGCACAAGCACGACACACCGCACACAGUGCAGGACCGAACCGGAACGGAAGACCGAACCGAACUCCAGUGCACCUUCAGCGAUUACUUCUGACGGAUACUCGCGAUUUCAGUGUUGUGUUCAGUGUGGAUUUGCAGUAGAAGUGCUUUAGCAGUGGAAUUCAUUUUACGACUAAUUUCAUUUCGUUUCGUAGUACGCAAGCCAACCCUAUUGCAAAUAUACAUCAUGAAAAUGGCAUCGAAAAUUGUAUUUGCCCUAGUAUUCAUCAUGGCCAUGGUUGUGUCUGCCUUUAACGCACUGCCCGUUCCGGAUCACGCCAAGAUUCGCAUCCACGUGCCGAUUAAGCAUCACACCCAUCUGCAUACGAAAACCGUAGUCAAAACGGUACAUGUGGGCAUCCCGGUGAAGAACGUCAAGCCGCACGAAGAGGAACACGGUUGGGAGUAUGGUAAGAAGAAGAAGGGCGCCUCCAGCUAUCUGUCCUACAUCUAAACAGCGGCAACGAUAGCACACCCAUCGAAUGUGCGUGUGCACUUUAGGCGUUUCGAACCAAAAAAUAGAAUUAUUAAUAAAUUGUAGGUACUAAUAGGUGAAA